CGUUGGGCGGCGAGGCGGAAGUGGGUGUCCGUGCCCGUGUGCGUGCUCGGCCGUGAGGAUGCGGGUGAAGGUGCUGAGCCGCAAUCCCGACGACUACGUCCGGGAGACGAAGCUGGAUCUGCAGCGCGUUCCAAGAAACUAUGACCCUGCACUGCAUCCAUUUGAGGUUGCACGUGAGUACGUCAGAGCUCUGAAUGCAACAAAGCUGGAGCGGGUGUUUGCAAAACCUUUUCUAAGCUCACUCGAUGGCCACAGAGAUGGAGUUAAUUGCAUAGUCAAACACCCCAAGAGUUUGUCUACAGUGCUGUCUGGAGCAUGCGAUGGAGAGGUUAGAAUUUGGAACUUGACCAAACGACAGUGUAUUCGUGCUUUCCAAGCCCAUGAAGGCUUUGUUCGAGGCAUGUGUGCUCGUUUCUGUGGUACAUCAUUCUUUACUGUUGGUGAUGACAAAACUGUGAAGCAAUGGAAAAUGGAGAGCCCAGGAUACGGAGAAGAAGAGGAACCAAUUCAUACAAUUCUUGGAAAGACAGUGUAUACAGGAAUUGAUCACCACUGGAGGGAUGCUGUUUUUGCCACCUGUGGCCAGCAAGUAGACAUCUGGGAUGAGCAAAGGACCAGUCCCAUGUGUUCUCUAACAUGGGGUUUUGAUAGCAUAAGCAGUGUAAAAUUUAAUCCAAUUGAGACAUACCUUUUGGGCAGCUGUGCUUCUGACAGAAACAUUGUGCUGUAUGAUAUGAGACAAUCAACUCCAUUAAAGAAGGUUAUCUUGAACAUGAGGACAAAUACACUCUGUUGGAACCCCAUGGAAGCUUUUAUUUUUACUGCAGCAAACGAAGAUUACAACUUGUAUACUUUUGACAUGCGCUACCUUACAUCACCUGUGAUGGUGCACAUGGACCACGUGUCUGCUGUUCUUGAUGUGGAUUAUUCACCCACUGGGAAAGAAUUUGUUUCUGCCAGCUUCGAUAAGUCUGUCCGCAUUUUUCCUGUAGACAAAGGUCACAGCAGAGAGGUGUAUCAUACAAAGCGGAUGCAGCACGUCAUCACUGUAAAAUGGACUUCAGAUAAUAAAUACAUUCUGUGUGGCUCAGAUGAGAUGAAUAUUCGUCUGUGGAAGGCCAAUGCUUCUGAAAAACUGGGGGUGCUUGCACCACGAGAGAAGGCAGCUAUGAAUUACAAUCAGAAGUUGAAGGAGAAGUUCCAGCAUCAUCCACAGAUCAAACGCAUCGCUCGGCACCGUCACUUGCCUAAGAGUAUCUAUUGCCAAAUCAAAGAGCAGCGGAUCAUGAGAGAAGCUCGGCGGCGGAAGGAGUUGAACCGUCGUAAGCACAGCAAACCAGGAUCUGUGCCAGUGGUGUCAGAGAAGAAGAAACAUAUUGUGGCAGUAGUGCAGUAAUUGUUUUCACAUAUACAAAAUGUUGCAAUGAAAGAAAAUGUCACAAUUGAAUGAAUACACAGUACAAAAUAUUAUGGGCAUUGGUAAGACAAGUGUAUGGGCUCCAGAGAUGUUGCUUUUCUUACAAGCAUAAACUGAUUCCAAUUUGUGAACUCAUUGCCUGCUUUGGCUAGUCAUAAGAAUUGGCCCUGGAAUCAUUUAUUACCAGUCUGAUGUUACUGCUCUAACUCUGUAUUUCAGUGGAGCUUGACACUUCUGAUGUGAGCAGAUAGCUUGAUCACUGGUGUAGGAUAUCAGUAGUUCAAGUUCUAUGCUCUGAUACCAUUACAGCAAAAUAAAAUUGAAAUUGAUACAGAUUUUUGAGAGGCAGGUAACUAUUCUUUACAUUAGAACCAUAAAACCAGUUAUACUUAGGGAAAUUUUUGACAGAAACCUAGUAAAAUAAUAAAUGACCUUAAUGCAAUCGAGUAGGUCUUGAUUAUUCUAGUUGGCAAAUAUUCUGCUUCCUAUUUAUUGCAGCACAAUGUAUUGUUUCCCUUUUAUCUAAAAGAACCUCUCUACAAACAGUUGUUUUGUUUUGCUCUUAACUAUUGUUAUGACUUGACAAAACUUCAAAGACUGUUAAAGUUACUAAUGUUAAGAAGAGCAUAGUUGAAUAAGUCUUUUUGUAUUAAUUAAAGCUCUCAAUCUGGAUAAAGAUGGCACAAAUUUGUAACAGACAAACUUUAGAUGAGACUUAAAAUAAGUUUCAUAUUUGAAGUUUAUAUUAAAAAAUAAUAAUAAUAAAAGCUUUACAUUCCCCAAGGUA